AUGCAUGAAGGAUCAUCUAAGUUCUGGUAUAUUGUACCUUCUUCACAUGCGGAUCAACUAGAACAAUGUCUCCGAGACGUUGAUACUCUUGACACAUCCCAUUGUCAGGCAUCUCUGCAACACAAAACUCUCUUUCCAAAUCCAGUUGAACUUGCUCAAUUGCACAAUAUUCCCGUUUAUCGAAUCGAACAAUGUCCAAAUGAAAUAAUCGUUAUCUUUCCUCGAGCGUAUAAUUGGGGUUUCGAUGGAGGCUUCAACGUGACUGAAUCUAUCAAUUUUGCAUUACCUUCAUGGAUUCCAUUUGGACGGAGCGUUCGUUCGUGUUUGUGCCAACAAGUAGGCAAUCCUGUCGAGCUAUACAUGGAUCCUUUUACGAAGGAAAACGUGUUAACAUAUACGCAAACUCAUUUGAAUAGUCAACUUCUUCAAUUGGAACGCAUCCUGAUGACCUCAGGCCAACAGCCAAUAUUAAAUUUAGAUACUGCCGUCGAUGGAGAAUCCAAUGGUCUAUUUAAAGUUUAG